AUGCAGCAGCGGCAUUUGAUAGCAUUGCUAACAUCCUUCCUAACGGUUACUGUGGCCUCCGUACGGUUAAAAGCGGAGCAACCACCGAAAGAUUGGUGGGAACGAGCUGGUUUUUAUCAGAUUUAUCCACGCUCUUUUAAGGAUAGCAACCGGGACGGAAUUGGCGAUCUGAAUGGGAUCACGGAAAAGUUGAGCUAUCUGAAGGAUAUGGGGAUGCGUGGCUACUGGUUGUCACCGAUGUAUCGGAGUCCGAUGGCCGAUUUCGGUUACGAUAUUUCCGAUUUUCGUGACAUCCAACCGGAGUAUGGUACGAUGGAGGAUUUUCGUCGGCAGAUUGCCGAGGCGAAACGAUUGCAGCUGAAGGUGAUACUGGAUUUUGUUCCGAAUCAUUCCAGUGAUGAGCACGAGUGGUUUUGCAAGUCGGUAGAACGAGUCCCGGAAUAUGAGGACUAUUAUGUUUGGCGUGAUGGAAAGCCUAACCCGAACGAUCCGAACAGACCGUUACCACCGACCAAUUGGCUUUCCGUGUUCCGGGGGAGUGCGUGGCAGUGGAAUGAUCAACGGAGGCAGUUCUACUACCAUCUGUUUACAGCCAAGCAGCCGGAUUUGAAUUUUAGGAAUCCCAAAGUAGUACAGGAAAUGGAUGACAUUCUGCGCUUUUGGUUGGAUUUGGGUGUGGAUGGGUUUAGAAUCGAUUCCGUUGGUGCCAUACUGGAGGUGCCGGCCGAUGAGAAUGGUGAUUUUCCUGAUAAUCCACUGAGUGGGGUGACACAGGAUGUGGAAGAUUAUGCCUAUCUGGAGCCCAGAUAUACUACUGAUCGUGUGGAAAAUGCGGAUGUGAUUUAUAGGUGGAGAAAACUGUUGGAUGAGUACCGUGAGAAACAUGGGGGAGAUACACGUGUUUUGAUGACGGAAGCCUGGACCAGUUUGAGUUUGAUGCAACCGUACUUUAGUGAUGAUAGAGGCAAUGAGGGGGCACAAAUUCCGUUCAAUUUUGAACUGAUCAUUAAAUUGAAUGGCACAUCGACGGGUUAUGACUGGAAAAAUGUCAUUGAUUCGUGGAUGUCAAUCGUAGAUGGGGGUCACGUGUCAAAUUGGGUGCUGGGAAAUCACGAUCGCAGUCGGCUGGGUACUAGAUUCGGUGAACGACGGAUCGAUGGCCUAGCGAUGAUCGAACUCACCCUACCGGGUGUUAGUGUGACCUAUCAAGGGGAGGAAAUCGGUAUGACGGAUGUGGAGAUUAUGUGGGAGCAAACCGUCGAUCCUGCUGGUUGUAACGAAGGAAGGGAAAAUUAUGCAGCGAAAUCUCGCGAUCCGGUUAGGACACCGUUUCAGUGGGACGACAGUCGGUUGGCAGGGUUUACCAGUGGCACGGAUACGUGGCUUCCGGUGGGACCAAACUAUCGUGAAGUGAACGUUAAGGUUGAGAGUGGCGAUCCGAAAAGUCAUCUGAGCAUUUUUAAGGCGCUGAUGAAGCUAAGGGAGGAGGAUACCUUUUUGUACGGGGAUUGGCGCACGAUCGCAAUCAAUGAGGAUGUUUUUGCGAUCGUUCGUGACCUCAAGAGCUCCAAUGCGUACAUAACGCUGGCUAAUUUUGGGAAUUCGGUGCAGACCAUCAACGGAAGUCAACUGAUUGCUAAUAUUCCGAAGGUGCUAUUUUAUGCGAUCGUUGAUGGUUCAUCCCAUCACAAUGCAGGUGACUCAGUGGACAGUCGAAAAAUAAUUCUGCAGGCUUACGAGGCAUUUGUAUUGGAACUAAGACGCUCGGAGGAUCAUAAAAUUCGUGUGGAAAUUUGUGAGCGUUGGUUGAUUGGCGCUUAG